ACAGGUUGGCCAAGUUUACUUUGAGGCUGGGCAUUGUGUGGGGGCGGAUAGCUAUAGAAACGAUAGAAACCCGUAUACAUCGCACCGCUGUAACCGCACCAACAGGUUACACCACCGUUGAAACUCCACCACAAGUAAACGCUUGAGCAACCAUCUGUGAAUGACUGCCGUUAAGGGAAGGACAUUUGUCACACCUGUCAUGCUUUGUUGUUGAGAUGAAAGAGGAACAAAAAUGACAAGGGUUGGCUAGACAACUUAGGUGUAGGAGAACAAGUUCCAUUUCGCAUCAGAGCACACGUCGAGAGAGCUUGGAGGUAUCUUGUGUACACGGUUACCUUUGUUUGUUGAUUUGCCUCUCCGAUAAAGGCGAGAUCGCCACCAUGAGGACCACGUCCCCAGCCGUGCUUCUCUCUGUUAUGAUCGUAAUGGCGGCGGUUGUCAUGCCAACUGUAGCCAGAGUGAAAGGGCGCAAGAACUGCAGGACAAGAGCUGGGAAAGGUGUAGGCUGUAACAGCAGCGUGUCUUUCUUUAAACGACUACUCGAUGAGAAAUACAGGGAGUUGAAAGGUCAGCAGGACCCGGAGGUCCGAGGAGAUGACCCGGAGGACAAGAUGCUGCUUCUCCUCGAGCUGCUUCGAGAUGAGAAACGCGGGGAUUCAAAUUUGGGAGAAAAGGAAGAUGAACCGGACCCGGAGACGCGGGGAGAAACGGAUGACCUAGAGGAAAAGAUGCUGCUUCUUCGCGAGCUGCUGCUGGAACUAAACGACACAUGAAUCCAGCGAUAGGCGUAGGCCAUAUUUCCUAGCAAUAGAGAGCGCUGCCACGGGGGCGCUAUUUUUUUCGUACCACACGCUGUUUCGAAGUACGUUGAGUUGCAAGUCAGGUUCUCGGACUUUAUUUUCCCUUGAAAAAAAAAU